AACCCGAGAGAAGGAAGUCGUAACAAUAAAUAGUAGAGGAAAAUGAAUCUUUUUGAUCAUGUGCGGUUUUUGCACGAAUCUGAGCUAUUUUAUGAUCUUAAACAGCUUUCAUGCAUUGUGAUAUCGCUGUGUGAUAACAACUCAAACACAGAAGUUCUCUCCUUAUCUCAGAGGUACCAGUGUAUGGUUUACUAUGGAAACUCUCUGUAUCACCUUGGAGAAUUUUUGAAGGCAGAGAAUAUUUAUAAAAAGGCUCUGUUAUUGAAGAAGGCACUUAAUAAGAGUAAAGGGAAGAUAACUGCCACCACACCUGUCCAACCUUCUCAAGAUGUGACAUCAGAAGUAGAUGUGAAGUACAAGUUAUACCAGUGUUUAUCGCAAAUGAAACAGUUCAGAGAAGCAAUGUCUAUAUUAGAAGGAAUCAGUUCUAAACAGAGAACAGCGAAGGUGAAUGUAGCUUUAGCUAAACUUUAUGUCAUGGCUGGAAUGGACAGAUCUGCUAUCACUAGUUAUAAAGAAGUUAUAAGGGAAUGUCCAUUUUCUUUAGAAUCAAUUCAAGGCUUACUUUCCUUGGGAGUAAAAGGUGCUGAUGUUGCUGCUUUAGUAAUGAAUGGACUACCACAUGGUGCAUCAUGUGACUGGUUAUCUUCAUGGAUCAAAGGUCAAGCAUUUUUAGCUACAAGAGAAUAUGGCAAUGCAAUUAUAACAUUUAAACAAAUGGACCAGAAAAUGUGUUUAAAAGACAAUGUAUAUAUAGUGAAUAGUAUAGCAGAAGCAAGAUUUUAUGAAGGGAAUGAUACUGCAGCUUUAACAGGGUUCCAAAGGUCACAUCAGCUAGAUCCUUUGUUUCUGAAGAAUAUGGAUUUAUUUUCCUACUUACUUGCCAAAGAAAAGAAAACAAUGGAAUUACAAAGACUAUCAGAACAGUUGAUGAAGGUCACAGACAAGGCUCCAGAGCCAUGGAUUUCUUUUGGUUAUUACUCUCUCAUAUCAAGAAAAGUUGCUAGAACAAGGACAGUUUACUUUGCUCAAAAGGCUAGCAUUAUUGAUCCAUUCAAUGUAGAGGCAUAUUUACUGAAAGGCACAGCAUUAUUUGAAUUAAAGAAAUCCCAAGAUGCAUCACUACACUUUCAGGAAGCUUUACGUCAUGCACCACACAGAUAUGAAGCUUACCAUGGUUUGAUUUCAUGUUACCUGUCAUUACAUAGAACAAGAGAAGCUUUAGCCUGUGCAGGGAAAGCAAUAAAAACAAUCGGAUCUAAUCCUAGAACUUUAACUAUUUAUGCAUCAGUAUUGACAAAUGAACCAAACAUGUCUGCAAAGGCCAAACCCUAUUUAGAGAAAGCAAUGAAGUUAGAUCCAUCUUACCUAGAACCAGUUUAUGUAAUGGCAGAAAUAUUACUUAGAGAUCACCAGUAUGAUAAAGGCACUGAGAUGUUAAGAAAACAGCUGCAUACACACAACACAUGUCGACUGCACCAACAAUUGGGCGAUUUCCUGGCACAGAUCAGUGAACCACUUGAAGCUUUGGACGAAUAUAAUAUAGCUUUGAGCCUUGACCCUACAAAUACAAGAGCAAGGGAAGGCAAGGAAAGAGUGGAAAAACAUAAUGAUGUUGGUUUAGAGAGUACCUAUGAUUUAGAGGAUAUGGAAGGCAGUGAUAAUGAUGGAGAUUUUGAUGGUAGUGAUGUGGAAAGUAACUGGUCAGAAACAGAGUUCAGCUGAUGACUCAUGAUAAUCAUAGUUAAAAGGACAUUUGUCUCGAAAUGGAAACAGAUUUGUUGAACAACUUUCAAAUUCUGUGUGUCCCAAAGAAAACUGACAUUGAUGUCAUGUGCAAUAUUCAACAGAAAUAAGAAUACUAGUUGAUUUGUCCAAUUUUGAACUGGACUAAAGUUACUAAAUGAUUAAUUAGAAAAAUUUAUUAAGAAUUGUACAGAAAAGAGUUCUAUGGGGAUGUUAUUUUGUCUUUUUUAGCAAUGUUUUUACUAUGCCAUAGUAGGUAUAUUACAUCGGAUAUACUAAUAUUACUGGUAAAGUUUGCAUACAUAACUUAUUUGCUUUGUAUUUAUUUCGACUUUUAACUUCGGAAUUACAUUUUUAUAAGUAUUACAUCACAAGUUGUGGUCUGAAUAGCUACAAGAAUAAAUAAAUUGUAAUCAUUACAAUUAAAAAA